AUGGAGCGAAGCUGCGCUUGGAUGAUCGCUCGGCUUCUGGUCGCCGUCUUGCUGCUGCAAGGUCCCGCCGGCAUCACUGGGCAGACUCCUCCCAUUGAACAAGUCGACUGCAAACUCCCUGAAAACAACCCGGUCACUCUGGAAACUGCCAUCACUGGAGGCCUCAUCACGGCAAAUGCUUUGACGGCAUACACCAAAGGGCAGUUUGCCUGCCUGAAUGCAGACGCGCUGAACAAGAUUAGUGCUGUCCAGCUGGCCUUACUGUUUGAUAGCCAAUUCCGAAACAAUGCAUCGGUCGCACAGGCAGUGACGCUCAAAGUGACUGAUCUUCAAAAACUUGGGGAUCUGCUGGCUGCGAUCAAAGAGCCGUUGGAUGCGAACGUGACGGCAGCCAUGAUGGCCGUGGUGUGGCCCGUUCUGAACGUGUCUCUCGCGACGAUGCCCGAGGCCAACGUGACGGACUGGUUCACAUUGCGACUCAAGCGUCUCCUGCCAGCCGUGACCGUUGCGCAGAUUGCGGACAUCCCCAUCAACGUGUCCUGCGCAAACUUCACAGUCAUAUCUGGGACUUUGAGCUCAGUCUACGACAAUGUGUCCGACUCUGUGAGACGAGCUGUGGUUGAGAAGGUCAAAGUCUUCGUGAAGCAAGAUUCUUGUUGCAAUUCUGCCUUGAACAGCAGAACUUUGCUUUUGUCCUACUUUGGGAAUUACAGAAAAAGUGCCACAUAUGCAGAGUUCGCUGAGGUGUUUCUACAGUUUAAUGGUUUUGGUGUAGAGGAUCUUCUUACGACUGUACAAAAGGCUGACUUUGCUGCCACGGACAAAGUUAUACAAUUAAAUACCAAACUGAAAAUCAACCCUUUUGACAACAUCACUGACCUCGAGAUAUUUGUGGAUGAAUUCAACAUUAAGGCAGCGGGAAAGUUGGUGCCUCAGUAUUAUCAACAGUUCCUGAUGGGCUUAGCCUGUCCGGUGCUGAUUCAAAACCUGGACACGAUGACCGAUGCGAAUGUGAGCAAGUGGUUUGUAACCAAGCUACCGCCACUAUUCUUACCGGGCAUCACGACCGACUGCCUGAACCCCGCUUAUAACAAUAUUCUGUUCAAAAUUCCCUGCUCGACUAUGUCUACAAUAUCUGGGAGUUUGAGCAAGUUAAACAAUACAUUGGAUUUAAACUUUAAAAAAUCUAUGACCUCACUCAUCACAAACUUUCUUACUUUAAAUUCAAAUUGCUCGACUGCCAUGACCAGCAUAACCCUCUUUCCCGAUUACUUUGGAAACUUCAGUGAACAUAUCAUAUAUACAGAUUUCUGUAAAAUAUUUCCACCAUUUAACGCUGAAACGGUUCUGAAAAUGCUCACUCCUGUUCAGCUCGCCGGCUAUAGUGCUACAAACAAAGUACUAAAUAAUGUGACUAAGCUGACGCCAAUCUUUGCCAAUUACCUCAACGACAUCAACGCCAUCAAGACGUUUAUGAUUGAGUUCAACUUUCAGACAGAGGCUAAGGAAUUGCCUGAGGCAUCUCGAGUUGUCCUGUUUCAAGGAGUCUGGGACAAGUUAAUCCUUAAUCUGCCAACAAUGGAAAGUUCUGAAGUGUCAUGGUGGUUUGGGACACAGCUGUCUCCAAACAUCUUGCCGGGCAUCACAGCUGCAGAUGUCGCCUCCAUUCCUGUAUCAAUAAGCUGUCCGGCUUUCUCGAGCAUAAUCAAUGGUUUAAACAGCGUCUAUGCCAAACUUAACGACACCAUCAAAACAGCGGUGGUGACCAAAAUCAAGGAAUUUGUGAAAUCACCUGCUAGUUGCUCAAUUAGCAGCACCCAACUGAUAACAAUGUACUUUAUGAAAUUCAUGAAAAAUAUCACCUACGCCGAAAUCGUUGAUGUUUUACCAUCAUUUGACGCUGGACAAGUUCUGGCGUCUCUCACUGUCGUGCAAUUGGCCGAUUACGCUGCCACAGAUAAUGUGCUGAAUAACACAGCCAUCCUGAGUCCUGUCUUUUCCACAAUUAACUACAAUACGCUUGGGCCAUUUUUGGACGAGUUCAACGUGAAGGCAAAUGGAAAGACGGUGCCCAAGGCUUCCCAAGGUGUUCUGAUGCAAAAUGCCUGGCCCAUUUUGGGACCCACCCUGGCCACACUGUCAGACGAGGACGUGAGGAAGUGGUUUGUGGCCAGGCUGUCGCCACACGUCCUGCCCGGCAUCACCAACGUAGACGCGGACACCAUCCCCGUGACACUUUCCUGCCCGGCUUUUACUACCAUAGUUGGGAGCUUGAGUGCGGUCUAUUCUCAACUCAACGAGAACGUUAAACCACAAAUGGUCAAAAAAAUCAAGAACUUUGUGAAGCCAGCUGUCGCCAGUUCUAAGUGCACACCUUCCAUAACGAGCAGCAAUCUGCUCACUGAUUAUUUUGGGAAAUUCAGAGACAAUGCCACGGAAGCUGAUUUCAAGGAAGUCUUCCCUUCAUAUGCUGCGAUCGCUUCUCCGAUCGAGCUGGGAGACUACGCUGCGACGGACACCGUGCUGAACGACGCCCCCAGCCUGGCGGCGAUCUUCCCCAAACUCAGUGGCCUUGGCGCUCUCGGACAGUUUCUUGACGAGUUCAACCAAAAGGCGACAGGAAAGACGGUGCCCAAGGCCUCUCAAGCCGCCCUCAUGCAAGGGGCCUGGGAAAAAAUGAGCCCCACCAUGAACUCUUUCACCGAUGCGGACGUGAAGACGUGGUUUGUGGACCGGCUGUCUCCACUCAUCCUGCCGGGCAUCACGGCAGCCAACGUAGCUGCUCUUCCGACCGUAAUGAGCUGCAAUAACUUUGAUUUCCUUGUUGGAAUACUGGAUGCUGGGUUGAGCAGUAACGAUACCAAACAGGCAACCUACCAGUGGAUAAUGAGUUAUCUAAAUAAAGCCAAAUCAGGAACGCUGCCACCAUGCUUUGCAAGCAAGAACAGCUGGAUUGUUGACAACAUGGGGCAGUCUUUCCUGCUCUCGAAGCUAUCUGACUUAAACGGGUUGGUCCAAGACACCACACAGCGGAAAACGUUUGUUCUCGACGCCAGCACGCUGAAACUCCUCGAGACACCGAACAACAUGGACAUAGAGUUGCGGCGCUACUUGGUGCAGAUGAUGAACGAGGCCAGUUUGCCGCUUUCCAGCGUGCCGAAGCCACUUCUGUGCACGUACGUCGGAGAAUAUGGCAGCAGCCUUCCAGUUGCUUUGUUUGUAGGUUUGGAGAGUUAUCUCAGCAACUGUCUGAAAUCCAUCACACUUCCCAGAGAUAUGGAAAAGGUUUCAUUGAAUCUUCUGACCACAUACACAGACUUGAAACCGGCCUCGAUACAAAACCUGGGAUCAGCAGUCGUUUACGCUCCAUUAAACGCCAUCGACAAGAAUCUGAGCAGCACCACCGCUCUGCUGGCGCUGGACACUCUCAGCAACCAAACGGGAUGGAACCCAGGGCAGGCGCAAAAUAUCGUGAGGAAACUGAAGGCUGCGAACUUCACCGUGAACAAUGCAGAUGCCCUGACCAAGCUGGGGGGACUGGUGUCUGGAGUACCAAGCAGCACGUUCACCAAUCUGGACUCGAAUCAGCUCCUAGCCUUUGCGACAAAAAGCAACCCCGAUAACGUUGCGACUAUUCCUGAUGGUGUCCAGUCGGUUAUUGUCAACAAGCUGUUGAUGAAGAACCCUACAACACAACUGAUGGAUAGUCUUCCGCCAUCGUUGCUGGCCCACAUUCCCGCAGGUAGACUGCAGAAUGCGGGUAAUUGGAUGCCCAAGAACCUUGCGAAAGGGCAGUGGUCAGAAGGACAGGCUCUGGUUUUGGUCGGCAACCUGGUGAAAACUCAGACCGCAAACUGGACCGAAAUAAUUCGGCAAGUACAUUAUUGAAUGUUUUUUUUUUUACAUUUUUUCACGAGGCCAUUGGUAUGAUAGUUUUAAGUUGUCAGUCGCGCAACUCCUGUGUGCCUUCCACAUUCGAAUAUACAAGAAAAGUUGUAAAUAUCAGUCUGGCAGGGAGGGGAAUAAUAAUAAAAAAUCCGCAGGUGAUAUGAUUGCAGCUUCAUACAUUUUCAUGGAACGAGCCACGUCAUGUCGGAUGUGCAGAGGUGUUGAUGUCACCAAGCAUCCGCACAUGUGACAACUGAUGUGUACCUCUUGCAUUAAUGUCUCUCAUCUCUCUCUCUCUCUCUUAUUUACGUCCCAUCUCACGCAAGUGCGUCUGUGGUCUUCAUCUCUCAACCCUUGUUGAUGUGACAUUCAAAUCACCAAAACUUGUAACG